AUGAGCACCAGCAGUGGGUUGGAAGAGGAAGCAUGCCUAUCAGCGUGGCAACUGGCGACUGCUGCUGUGCUGCCCAUGGCUCUGAGGGCUGUUAUAGAGCUGGGCAUCUUAGAAGUGAUGGCGGAAGCUAGUAUGGGGGAGGGAUCAACACUGCUUACAUCUGGAGAGAUAGCAGCUCGACUGUGUGCAAAGAAUCCGGAUGCACCGGCCCUGAUAGAGCGCCUGCUCCGACUGCUUGCUAGCUACUCAAUCCUCAACUGCUCGGCCACCACCAACACUAACCAAAAUCACGAUGGCAGGAUCCACUGGGGAUAUGGGCUCGGGGAGAAAUCAAGGUUCCUGUUGGGAGACGACAAUGGAGGUUCCUUCGGCCCGCUGCUUCUAACCGUGCAAGACAAGGUGUACAUGGAGCCAUGGUAUCACCUCAAAGAUGCAGUGCUGGAAGGCGGCAUCCCCUUCCACAGGGCCUACGGUAUGAAUCAUUUUGACUACCAUGGAAAGGACCUACGCUUGAAUAGGCUGUUCAACAACGGAAUGUACCAUCACUCAACUAUCAUCAUGAAGAAGAUCCUUGAGAUCUACACCGGCUUCCAUGGCCUCCAUUCACUGGUGGAUGUCGGGGGAGGGACUGGUGCCAACUUGAGCCUCAUUACAGCCAAGUACCCACACAUCAAGGGCACCAACUUCGACAAACCACAUGUCAUUGAAGAAGCUCCAAAAUUUCCUGGGGUUCAACAUGUUGAAGGUGACAUGUUUGCUAGCGUGCCAACAGGCGCUGCCAUCUUCAUGAAGUGGAUUCUUCAUGACUGGGAUGAUGAUCAUUGCCUGAAAUUGCUAGAGAAUUGUUGGAAGGCACUGCCCGAGAAUGGCAAGGUGAUUGUUGUGGAGAUGGUUUUGCCGGAGACUGUAGAUAACAGUUUAAGCACAUCUGCGGUGUUUCAGCUCGAUGUCUUGAUGUUGGCAGUGAAUCAUGGAGGGAAGGAGAGGACGGAGAAGGAGUUUGUGGGUUUGGCGAAGGCCGCUGGGUUUACAGGGAUCAAGGCCAUAUGUUGCGCUUACAAUUUCUGGGUCAUUGAAUUCUACAAGAACAAGAGCACCGAUUGUCUCUAG